CUGUAUGGUUUUGUAUGUACAUGUAUAGGAAUUGGCCAGCAAAACCCUCCAUUUAUGAGCCAACCCAAAACAAAAGCCGUUUUCGAGCCGUCUGAAUAUAUCCAUAGCUAGCAUAGGAAAAAAAAAAAAAAAUAGCCCCUGUUAAAGCUGCUCUCUGUUCUUUAGCACAUAACCCUCAGAAUUUCUCAGUACCUUGUUCCACUGAGCAGAACUCAGAUUCUCUCUCUCUACUAAGUACCUGAAAUCUCCCAUAUAAACCCCCACCACAUGUUUCCGUAAACCCCACAUCUCUCUUUUCACUUCAUUAAACCAUUUAGCAAAAGGAAAACUCUGUCCUUCUCACUUCUAAGUUCCAACAACAAAACAGUUAAGCAAAAAUGCCUUCUGAUGUGAGUGAAAGAAGAAUUACCAAACAACAACAAGGAGGUGCACCGGCACCCGAACCGGAGCAUCUUCCUUGCCCACGUUGCGAUUCAACCAACACCAAAUUCUGUUACUACAACAACUACAACUUCUCUCAGCCACGUCACUUUUGCAAAUCUUGUCGCCGUUAUUGGACACACGGUGGCACUCUUCGUGACAUCCCUGUUGGUGGAGGUAGUCGCAAAAAUGCUAAAAGGUCACGUACAAUCAUCACUAACUCCACUGACGGCAGUAGCUGUUUGUCAUCCACGCUCUCUCCUCGCGACUACCAUCACGCGCCUACACCAUCACACAUGUCUCCGUUUUUGGUUCCUCUAACAACCGAUCAACAUGGCGGGGUGAACAUGUGUGGGAGUUUCACUUCGUUGUUGAGCAGUACUCAAGGGCCUGGUGGUCUUUUAGCACUUGGUGGGUUUGGGCUUGGAGUUGGGUCUGGAAUUGAAGAUAUGGGCUUUGGGCUUGGAAGGCCCAUUUGGCCAUUUCCUGGAGUUACACAUACCAGUGUUGAUGGUAACAGUAAUGGUGCUGGAGCUAGUAUGUUGGGAAGCACGUGGCAGCUUGCUAGUGGAGAAGGAGGAUUCGUUGGUGCUGGAGGAGAAAUUUUUAAUUUCCCAGAUCUUGCUAUUUCUGCUCAUGGAAAUGGUAUGAAGUGAUUAGAUUGUUUAGGGAAUUACAAAUGGAUUUUGUUACUUUAGGGAGUACUUGAUGUUUUUUUAGAGUUUAUAUGACCUUAGCUAUAUCAAAGAAAAUGCCAAAUCCCAGAAAAAAUCAAAACUUUUGUAUAUUUUUGGUUUUCCUUUUGCACCUUCUUGGCAUCUGAAGUGUUGGUCUUAGAAUUUAGGACAGCAGUUCCUCGAUCAUCAGUUGUAAUUUGAUGGAGAAAGCCUUUGAAAUGGUUGUAUUUUGUUUGUUGCUACAAAAAUGUCCCUGUUUACCGUUC